UGUAUCAGGCGGGAGGUGUAUCUGCAGUGGGGUAGAUCCUGAGCAGGUAGUUCCUGGGCGAAAGAAUUCCCAGUUCUGGAGCCACUGCCGAGAAGGCCCCGGUGCUGAAGACCAGCCUCACGUACGAUCCUUCCUUUUCCUGCAAUCCUCGGUGUCCGCAAUGCAAUCCUCCUCUCUCUUCCAGGGAGGGAGCAUGUUCGACUCCUAGGCUCCCACCGCCCCAGGUCCGCUCUGCCCCCGGAAAGGAUGGUCCUGACCUCCCCUCUGCCUGCUUUGUUUCUCCUCCUGACAUCCGCAGCUUCCUUCCCGAAAGACUUGGCUCCGCUUCACGUGGUCGGCGAGGCAGGGACAGCCGAGUACCCCUCUUUCCAUGGCGUGUGGGGAGAGAAUGGCUCCCCUCCUUUGGGCUUGGAUUUCCAAAGCAUGUUGCAAAUCAACCAGACCCUCUUCAUCGCUGCCCGGGACCACGUCUACGCUUUUGACCUUGGACAGACGAAAGACGGUUUCACGCCCAAGAGGCAUCUCACCUGGAGGACGCAGGAUGUGGAAAACUGUGCCGUGCGCGGGAAGCUUCGGGACGAAUGUUACAACUACAUCAAAGUCUUGGUGCCCAAGGAUGACCAAACGCUCUUGGCCUGUGGCACCAACGCCUUCCACCCGGUGUGCCGGACAUACAAGAUCAGCAACUUUCAGGAGGAAGGAGAGGAGCUGAACGGGCAGGCGCGGUGCCCCUUCGAUGCCAAGCAGACCAACGUUGCCAUCUUCGCGGAAGGCAAUCUUUAUUCUGCCACCGUGGCCGACUUCCAAGCCAGCGACGCGGUUAUUUAUCGAAGUUUGGGGGAGCGGAGCCCAGUGCUGCGGACGGUCAAAUACGAUUCCAAGUGGUUACGGGAACCUCAUUUCAUUCACGCUCUGGAAUACAAGGAGUACGUCUACUUCUUCUUCCGCGAGAUCUCCAUGGAAUAUACCACGCUGGGACGGGUGAUCUUUUCCCGCGUGGGAAGGGUCUGCAAGAACGACAUGGGGGGGUCCCCUCGGGUGCUGGAGAAGUACUGGACGUCCUUCUUGAAAGCCCGGCUCAACUGCUCGGUCCCUGGAGAUGCCUUUUUCUACUUCGACGUCCUCCAGGCCGUCACCGACGUCACCCAGGUGAACGGCCGGCCAGCCAUCUUUGGGGUCUUCGCCACCCAGUCCAACAGCAUCACCGGCUCAGCGGUCUGCGCCUUUUACAUGGACGAAGUGGAGCGGGUAUUCAGCGGGAGAUUCAAAGAGCAGAAAAACGUGGAGGCCGGCUGGACCCCCAUCUCCGAGGACAAAGUCCCCAAACCCAGACCUGGCUGCUGCGCUGGAGUUGGCAAAGCCGCAGGUUACCGGACCUCCAACGAUUUUCCCGAUGCCGUGCUGAGCUUCAUCAAAUCCUACCCCCUCCUGGAUGAAGCUGUGCCCUCCGUUGCGGAGCACCCUUGGUUCACCAAGACCUCCAGCAGAUACAGGCUGACCCGCCUGGUCGUGGACGCCUCGGCGGGCCCCUUCCGAAACGGCACCGUCCUGUUCCUGGGCUCGGAAGACGGCACGGUGCUGAAGGUCCUUUCCUGCCCCACCGAGAACCACACGGUGGAGACCCUGCUCUUGGAAGAGGUCUCCGUCUACCAGCCCUCCCGGUGUAGCGUGAAGCGCGAGGAUCGGCAGGUCCUGGGCUUGGAGUUGGACAAGGCAAACCACGCCCUCUACGUGGCCUUCUCCGGCUGCGUGGUACGGAUGCCCCUCAGCCGCUGCGGGUCCCACAGCACCUGCCGGAGGAGCUGCCUCGCUUCCCGGGAUCCCUACUGCGUCUGGCUCCCCUCCGGGACUUGUGCAAACGUCGGCAACGAAACCAGCUGGGUAUUUUCGGUUUCUGCCCCUCACCUGCCCCUUUCUGUUCCAGAUGGCGUGACGUCCACGGGGGAGCACAACAGCCUCAGCGACUCGGCGUAUGGAGAGCGGCAGACCACCCCGGCUGUCUCCGGGCUCUUCUCAGACGCGCCCCCGGGGUCUCCCUCUGCUAGCUUGGCUCCCGGCGCCCACCCAGCCCCUGGUGCGGGGGACCCCCGUUUCACCCUCCACAUGGCUGUGAGCACGCAGGGAGUGAGGCAGGAGUCGGAUGCGAAGGACGGUGCCCAGUCGGUCCACUUCACCUUCCUCAUCGGCUGCGUCUUCGUGGCCUUCGUCCUGGGCGCGUUCCUGUCCGGCUUGCUGGUCUCCUGCUAUUGCAGCCACAGCCUCCAGAGAGCCAAGCACCCUGGCAAGGACCCGGAGAAUGGCAUCCAGCGCCCGCUCUCCCUCCGGAGCUUGGCCAAGAUGAACGCCCUGCUGGAGAGCCAGGCCAAGGAGGGGCUGAUGGAGACAGCCGCCCCCCAGCUCUACACCACGCUGCUGCCCAGCGAGAAGGAGCUCCCCAGUGCCGUGGCCAAGGCCGGGCUCCGAGAGCACCCGGAGCUCUCCGGCUUGCCCACGCCGGAGUCGACACCCGAGCUGCCGGUGAAGAACAUGAAGGCCAUCCGGAACCAGUGGGAGAAGAACCAGAACUUCAACAACGCCAAGGAGUCUCAAGGCAAGGCGCUGCCCUUCCACACGUCGGUCCCCAACGCCUUCUCCUUCCCCGGCCCGGGAGGGGUCCCCGGCCACCUGCAUGGCUACGAUGCCCCCCUGGCGGGCUACCUGGACGAGAAGAAAAUCCCCAACUCGGAGCGGAUCCUGGUGCGGCCGUCCCAGGGCUACCUGUCCAAAGGCGUGGAGGUCACCACCUUAGAAGAGCUGCUGAAACAUCUCCACGGGGCCAGUGACCCCCCCCAGAAGGGACUAGGCUGCGUCCCCCCCGCCUUCCCGCCGGCGGUGGCUUUCGCCAACCGGGUGCAACCCAAGAUCCCCAACCUCGAGAGCGCCCCGUAUUACAGCACCUCCACGCUGCCUCGGCGGUUGGACACCCCUCCGGACGGGCCCUCGCCAGCCUGCCCGGACAAGGCGAGCCGGCCCACCGCUCACAGACAUUCC